GAGGGGUCAGGAAUGGGUGGCUGUGUCCCUCCCUGUCCUGUCUGAGGGGGAGUUGUCCAGUUUUGGGGGGGGCAGCGCCUUUGCUCCCAAGUCCCCCAGGCUCUGACCUUGACAGAGACCAGAACGAGGGGGACAGGGUGAGGGUUGCACCCGCUGACCGCUGCCUUGCAGGCCCCACGUGGGGGCUCCGGACCAGCUGGUAGGGGCCGAGGCUGCCGACCUCUGACCUCUCCCGGGACCCUCCAGGAGGCACCAUUGCCUCCACCCCAGACCCCAGAGUCUGCAGACCCACAGAGGUGCCCUGGCAGUGUGGCCCGCUGGGUGCCGCCGGGGAUGAAAGUGGCCUCGUUCCUGGCGCAGGACCCCUGAGCCAUCACCCGGCACCAGGGUGGGCUCAGUUGUGGUGACCCACUCCCGGGCGCUGCCUCCUGAGCCACCCUGACCCCACAGGCUGCAGACACCGACUGUUAGGACCCCUGGGGGACCGGGGAAGCUCAGGGCGGAGAACGGAAGAGGGGGUCUCCCGGCUGGUCCCCGACGGGCUUCCAGGUGGCCGUGUAGCCAGGAUAGGUGAGGGGGGUGGGCAGGGCCCCCCAGCGGGUGUGACCCCAGGCGGCUGGGAGGGCUUGCGGGUGGAACCCCCCCCCCCCCCCCGUGCGGGCGGGCAAGGCGGGAGGGGGCGCCCGCGGCCUCGGUGGCUCCGCGCACGGCGGCUCGUGCGGGACAAAGGCCUGGGCGGCGGCCGGGGUCCAAGUGUGGGGCGCCCGCGCGGGGGGCUGGCCGCAUCCCGGGGGCUCCCCGGCAGAGGCGGGGGGCGCAGCCGGGGACCCUGGGAUCUCCAAGCGCAGCCGCCGCCCUCCGCCCCCCGCCCCCUCGCCCGGCGUGGAGAAAGCGGCGGCCGCGGGCCGGGGACGGAGGGGACGGGGGACCCGGGCUCGCGAGGCCGCCACCAUGGCUCCCCCUCCGGGUCCUCUUCUUCCACUGCUGCUGCUGCUGCUCCGGCCGCUGCCCCCGCCUCCCGCCCGCGCCCAGGACCCCAGCCGCCAGGGGGACCGACACACCGUUUACUGGAACCGCAGCAACCCCCGCCUGCAGGCGGGUGGCCGGGCGCUGGAGGUGGCCCUGGGCGACUACCUGGACGUGCUGUGCCCCCACUACGAGGCCCCGCUGCCCCCUGAGGGGCGCAUGGAGCGGCCGGUGCUGCUGAUGGUGGGGGGCGCGGGGCACGCGGCCUGCGACGGACGCGGGGGGCUUCGCCGCUGGGUCUGCGACCGGCCGGCUGCCCCAGGGGGCCCCCUGCGCUUCUCCGAAAAGUUCCAGCGCUACACUCCCUUCUCGCUGGGGUUCGAGUUCCGGCCUGGACAUGCCUACUACUACAUCUCUACCAGCCCCCCCAGCUCCAUGGACCGGUCCUGCCUGCGGCUGACGGUGUACGUGAGGCCCACCAACGAGACUCUGUACGAGGCUCCGGAGCCCAUCUUCACCAGCAAUAACUCCUGUGGCGGAGCAUGGCCCCCCCACUUGGCCCUCAGCGCUGCACCCCUGCUCUGGACACUGCUGGGCUCCUAGGUCGCCCCCCACAGCCCCUGCGGCCCCCUCAGCCCCCGCAGCCGCCUCACACCAAAUACAGAUGCCAGGACCCCAGCACCCAGCGCGGCCCUCGAAGCGCCAGGAGAGACUCUGCUUCCUGUUCACUUUAUCCCCCACCCCCCCACCCCACCCCCCACCCCCGCCGAUGCUGAUCUGGGGGUGGCCUGCUGAGGGGGGCGGGGUUUUGACACCCCGAAGUCCUCCCAGUGUGGUGUUCGAAACCACACUGUUACAGCAGCGUCCCCCUCCUGGAGGCCAAGGAGAGAGACCCCCUUUCUGUAGAUAGAGCCCCCAGGUCUAUAUACUGUGCCGGCCUCCCCUCUGGAUUCCUGGGGGGCCAGGAGGGUACAGAGUCUCUGUUUUCUGCCCUUUCCUGGAGGGCGUAAUGGGGGGCGGUACUUUUAUCUUGGUGGGGGGAUCAGGGGAGGGAAGUGGAUUUUUUAGAAUAGGAACUGCACUUCUUGGCAGUAAGUCCUUCCAUCUGUCUGUCUGUCUGUCCAUCUGUCCAUGUGUCUGUCUGUCGGAGCCCUCUCCUCUCCCCUUUGAGCUGAUAAUGUUUCUACGUAAAUAAAAGAAAAAUUAAAAAUAUAUAUACGGAGGGAGAGAGGGACAGGACAGAAGGGGGAGUGGCAUCCACCCCUCUAAGGCCGAGAGCCCUGACCAUGCGGAUGCGGCUCUGGAGCAAGUGGGCGGCAUCCAGACCGGCUCCCGGCUGUGUCCCAUGGAGAUUCUACAUAGAACCCUCUGGGGGACCUGCCCUGGGCACACUCCAGGGGCUUUUGUAGGGGCGGGGGGCACGGCCAGGCCUGGCACAGGCCAUGGGACUCCCCCAGCACAACUCACUUUGGAUUCUGUAUUUUUUUAUAAUAAAACCCGUGACGGUC